AUUUGGUAGUGUUUCCGACACUGCGCCACCGCCCCUGCAGCCGUUCGCCGUAAUAAGCCUACAGCUGCACAGAGAUAAACCAUGCCGCAAAAACCGAAAGCGACCAAGAUGUCGCUUUAUGACUUCCAGGGGGAGCCCAAGGAGGAGUUAUUGCCAACUAGGAGUAUUGGCCUCGAGCGUCAGCCGAUGAAUCGUCGUCGUGACGUUGAGCCUGGUCGAGGGGAUUCGGAGGGUACGUGGCGUCGAGGAGGUGACGAUGGACGCAGUGGUUCUCGAGAGCGCGGCGAUCCGGAAGCGGGUCGUGGCGACCUUGAUGACAACUGGCGCGGAUCUGCCAGACUCCGCCCUUCGAGCAGCCGAGAGGGAUUCGGUGAUCGUCGUGAAGGCUUCAGUGAUCGUCGAGAAGGCUUCGGGGAUCGCCGCGUAGACCCCGCUGAUGAGGACAUGAACUGGCGCUCGGGCCCUCGUCCCAAUUUGGACCGUGCUGGUUCUAGCAGGCUCCCCAGAGCGGACGAUAGUGGUCUCACUCCCUUCCGUCAACAACUGCGUGAGCGUGCUGAGGCUGAACGAGCUCGUCGUGAAGGCGAGAGGUCUACUGAACGCGACAAUCAGGAUGAUGAACGAGGCAGAAGACUCGAGGACGCCUUCAGCCGUCCGAGUUCACGUGGCUUCGGAUCUAGGGGUGAGCCUCGUUCCUUAUCGAGAGAGGAUUCAGCUCGCGGUGCGGACCGGGCAGACACUGAUGACAACUGGAGGGCGAGUGCCGCACCUGCUCACACCUCGGCAGCCCCACCAUGGAGAAGGCCUGGCACCGCUGAGGAGCCUCGUUCUUCUGACGCUCCUAUGCCAUGGAGACGCCCCGGUACAGCGCCCGCUGCAGACUGGAAGGCCGAUCUCGCCAACCGCAACCGCCCGUCUGGUCCGAGCUCCACUGAGGAGCCUAGGAGCCGAGCAUGGGUUCCUUCAUCGCGUGCUGAUGCUCUCCGCGAUGAUCGCGUUCGGCGUGACGAUGCCUUUGGGAGUCGCCGAAAUGAAGAGCCUAUUCGACGAGGUGACAACUCCAGACGGGAGGAGCUCCCACGUCGAGAGACCAGCUCAUGGAGAGCCGAGGCCCUGAGGCGUGAUGAGCCUUCGAGGAGGUCCGAUGAGCCCAUCAGGAGAGAGGAGCCUACUAGGAGCUUCGCGCCGUGGAGGAAGGGUGGCGAGAGUCGACCUGAGGUCCCUGUAAAAGAGGAGACGGUUGAGGGCACUAAGAGGGAGAUGGCUCAUAACGACGAGUGGGCUGAUGAAGAAGAGGAGAAGCCAGUGAAGCCUACUGUGCCUGCAUUCGACACUGUGAAAAUUGACAAGUUCCUUGUAGCGUACCAAAAGCAUGUGGAUGAUGCCACGAAGAAGAAUGAGCAUCUUGCUGCGAAAAUGCCUAAGAAUCUUGGCGUAGCAGAGAUGCAGAGCUCCUAUUUGCUUGAUAACAUCGUCAAAGCUUUGGUCACUAAGGCAUCAACAUUUGCCUCACUGGACGAAUGUCUGGAACUCUUCCAUCGACAUGCACCUGUAUUCAAUGCACUCAUCGACUCCAACAGACAGACACGGGGGUACUGUUUCCAACUCCUCACGUCGUCGCAGAAGGUCGUGGAAUCGUUGAGGUGCCCUAGGGUGGCUAAGGACUGCACUCUUAUCGAGGCUGUGUGGUAUUCCUUGUAUGAUAUUGAUGCGAUAACUGCAGAGCUGAUAGCCUUCUGGAGCAACGAAUAUUCGGGGUCCGAGGCUGACACAGCUGAUCGCACGAAGAUAGUUUUCCAGACCCAAGCUCUUCGUGACUGGCUCAGUGCUCCUGGGGAAGGGGAGGCCACGAAGGAUGCUACUGACGAGGACGAUGAUGAUGACGAAUGGGCCAGUAGCAGCAGCGAGGAUGAGGAUAUCGAGGCUCUUAUUCCAAAGAGGGCAACGGACAUGCGUGUUCGAUAAACGUCUUACUACACUUCAUUCGUAGCAUCGUUGGCGGCGUUGACGCCAGUAUUGGCACGCGCCAGGCUACUCGUUCUUAGGCUCCUAUGGUCGCAACAAGUAUCACUGCAUUGCGCAGUUGUCUGAAACACAUUGCCAUUACUACGAUGACCU